AUACUGCAUAAUCGGUGUUUAAAAGGGCAAGCGUGCCCUUUAGUGGAUCAGUCUGUGUAGAAAGUUGUCCUGGGGGGGAAGAAUUGGAUACGCCUAAAAACUUGUGGGAUUGUGUAUACUGAUUUGCAGUUACUUGCACACACAGAUAAUUUGACACUGAUCUUUCUCUGUUUUAUUUUCCAAAGAAAAAAAAGUUUUUUGGAAAGGUCUAUUUUUAAUUAAACGCUUUGCACCUUUGAUAUUAAUUUUUUCUGCAUUUUUUGUUACAAUUCUUUUUAUAAGUAUACUGUAUGUACAUUUAUUUUAACUAAACAUUUUUUUUUUCAAAAUCUUAAAUGAGCAAGUGGGUGAUAGUGCAUAAAGCAAAGAUCCUGCUCAGUACACAGUGACUGGCCACAGGUGCGCGUGGAUGCUAAAAAGGGAAUCCUGAAGUGACAGCUCAGAAGGGCACGCAUUUCGACACGCCUGUGGUGAGCAGCUAUAAACCAAUUUAACUCUGAAGAAGGUCUGGAGGAGUUCAGCACCCGGCAUUUGUCAUUUUCAGAUUCAACCAGUGAACCUAUCCCCCGCUUUUUUGUUUUUUUUUUUUCAUCGUAAAUUAAGAAGAUGUACCUGGACUUAUUUCUGUUGUCAUGCUGUUUGGGACUGUCCCAGUGUUUGGGCUCCUAUGUACCCUGCGAUGCUUGUGAUCAAAAAGCCCUAUCAAUGUGCCCCCCGGUAACGGGCGGCUGCGAGCUGGUCAAGGAGCCGGGCUGUGGCUGCUGCCUAACGUGCGCGCUGUCCGAGGGGCAGCAGUGUGGCGUGUACACGCAACCGUGCACUCAGGGGCUUCGCUGUCUGCCGAGGAAUGGAGAGGAAAAGCCGCUUCACGCCCUGCUGCACGGCAGGGGAAUUUGCCGACACGAGAAAGGCUACAAAGAGCACCAUCCCGUUCUAGCCGAACGUGAAUCACGAGAACAUGAAGAGGCUCCAACUGUUGAGAUCACUGAAGAUCCACUCCCAGCCAAAGUACUUCCUCGGGCAAAAGACCGCUUUUUGGAUAGGAAGGCAGAGGCUUUGCGAAAAGACAAAAGGAGGAAACUAGAAAAAUCCAGGGCAGUGGGUCCAGUGAAUUACCCUCAUUAUUCUAAUGAUAAAAAUGAGGCAGAAUAUGGUCCAUGCCGCAGGCAGAUGGAAAGCAUUCUUCAGGAUAUGAAAGUCACAUCUCGAAUUGUACCACAGACACUCUAUUUACCAAACUGUGACCGAAAGGGCUUUUACAAGAGGAAACAGUGCAAACCAUCUCGUGGACGAAAGAGAGGAAUAUGUUGGUGCGUGGAUAAGUAUGGGUUGAAGCUUCCUGGUACAGAUUAUAAUGGUGGGGACAUCCAGUGCCAGGAUCUGGAGAAUCCAAACAAUGAGUGAGAAGCAGAGUAGAAGGGGAUUCCUCCCAUCGCCACACUCUCAGCACACCAGAUCCAGGGCUUUCCUCCUUCCCUACCGUUUCUUCAUCGGUCAUAUUGGGAUAGGAAUUGUGCAUUGAAAGCAUAAAAGAAAAAAAAGACUUUUGAACCUUUGAUUGUGCACUCAAUUCUAAAUAGCUGGACCCAGCAAAGACUUAUCUUCUCUUCUUCUCUUUACAUGUGUAGUUUGUGUCUAGUUUCUGGGUCAAAGCAGAUAAGAUGAAAGAUUAUUCCUUGUGUUUGUAUGUGUUUUAUGUUUGUGUAUGUUUCUAUCUAUCUCUCUCUCUCUCUCUCUUAUAUAUAUAUAUAUAUAUAAUAUUUAUAUUAGUGUGUCUCUAUGUGUAUGUGCACACACAUAUUCACAUCACACACAUGCACGUAUAUAAAUGUAUAUAUAUAUAUAAAUAUAUAUAUUAUGUAUAUACAUAAAAUUCUUAUUGUUUUAGCAGAACCAGAUAUUUGGAGAAGAAAACAUUUAAUACUUUGUAAGUUUUAUUAAAUCAAAAAGAGGCAACUGACAAGUCAGUAUGAAUCCUCCAAGUUUCAAUGUGUGGCUGUAAGUAGAGCGAAGCCAGAUGUGUAAUACUAUUGGCUGAAGCUUUAGCUUUAUUAAAUUAAUAAAGUGAUCUUCAGAAACAGUUCUCAUUAUCACAUAUGCUUAGAAUGCCAAGCAUUUCCCCAUGGAUGUAUAGGUUUUGUUUAUUCAUAGAGUAUUUGCAAAAUGUAUCACUUUCUUAAUGUGAUUUAAAAACAAAAAUUGCGUAUAUUUUUUUAUUAUUUCUAAUGAUGUUUAGUAAAGAAGUAACCCUUCAAGUUUUUUAAGGCUAUAUCAGAUGCAAUAAGAGGCUUAAAUUAUAAGUCAGGCAGCUAACUAUCAUUAUUCUCCAUGUGGUUCUGAAUCAACAAGACUGCCCUGGUAGUCUAUUUGCCUGGUCAAGAUGAUUUGACUUAUAGUAGUAAAAAUAACAAUGGUUUUGCUUUUAAAGCAUGUGUUUUUACUUUUUUUUAUUAUUAUGGAUAUUAUUUUUCAUGAAAUUGGUUAGAAUGCAGACAACUGAACCACACUCUACUGUGUAUGCCUGUUCAUUCUCUUUCAACGGUUUGUCAUUUGCUUGCUCAUUGUGCCUUGCUCAGUUGUUGCUGUGUUUGUGUCUCCUACCAAGUGAGAAAUUAUUGUCUAUAACUUUUUUGAGCCAUUUCUUUUUAAGUUGUCCUCAGUUUAUUAUAUGCAAUGUUUUUAUCAGGCAAGAACUGAAGGGAAGAAUGUUACUGUGUUAACACGAAUGUAAACUUAGCAAAAAAUUAUUUAUAUAUAUAUAUAUAUAUAUAUAUAUAUAUAUAUAUAUAUAUAUAUAUAUAUAUAUAUACACACAAUAUUUCUGGCAGUGACAGAAAUUUGCCCUAAGGUAGAGAUGAAUUUGUAAUGAAGUCAGUGACACAAAUAGAAGAAGAAAGAGCAGGUGUGUUUUUCUUCUCCUAGGAUGUGCCUGUCAAGUUCUCUUAAAAGACAAUUUCUUUAAUUUGCCACAUUUGAUUUUUUUUUUUCUGUGAACCUAACCGAAUGUAGAUUUUUGGUAGUGAAGCUACUUUAAACAACAAUAGAUAGGGAGAAUGGUGUGCCUUCUACACAAGCAAAUUUUGAAAACUACAAACAUAGACACUAAUUUAAAAUGCUUAUCCUCAGCCUCCACUUUUAAAUGAAUUUACGUUACAGAUGAACACGCUAGAACCACAGGAUCGUAGAUCAAGUGCUUUGUUAAAAACAAUUUCAUUAUUGUGCUGAGUUUUAACUUCUGUCACAAUAACUAAGUGAGCAAUUGAAGGGCUUCAAAAUGAGUCUUGUUAAUUCCAUCACAGAUGGGUGGAUCUGUACGUUUAUUGUCUACACAGAUGGUAAACAGAGCAUUUGUUUGGUAGUAAUAAUAGAGUACUUGGUACACAAUAUGCAACCACAGGUUAAUUGUUGAAAAUAACCAUAAGUUACUGCAGCUACUUCAAGAGAAAGUGCUGUAUUUAUGCUUGUAUAGUUUCUGGCUCUGAUGUCUAUGUAAAACUAAAAAAAAAUCUAGUGUUUGUUGUUUUUAGCUGUAAUGACAAUAUGCAGUCACAUUCUGGAAUGCAUGGUCUUGUUAGUACACAGAGCUCUAGUAUGGUUCUUAAUCUGUCAUGUUAGAAUUAGCUGGUGCUGCCCACAUUUUUAGACAGCUUAAUGGUUGUGCAUUUACCCACAAAGCCAGUGUUUUCUCAGUGUUUUAUUUACCAGUUGUUACAUUCAGAAUGGUAAUUUAUGUUGACAGAUAUUUUUGCAGGUUUCCAUUUGACCACUUGGUGCAUUUGUCACAUGUUCAUGUUACUUCACUGAUCACAGUCUUUGGCUUGACACUCUGUGCAUAGACGCGGUACACUGCUCCACAACAGGAACUGUGUGACUUAAAGAAUAUUACUAUAGUAAAGUCUAAUCCAAUCUUGCUGCUGUCUCCUGUAACUGGAUAAGCUGAGCAAACUGUCAUUCUGGUGAAAGGGUGUUUUUUUCUAAUUACAAGCCGUUAAAACAGAACCUUUUUUGGGAACUUCUUGACAUAACUCUGUGUAUUAGUUGCUAUUCUUGGACAGAUGUGUCCUUGCAGUGGGUUUUAGAUGACGUUGUAAGGCAUUAGAUAAACAAACUGUCUUAACUCUCACAGUAAUAAAAAGACAAUUUUUCUGCAAUAUGUUGAUUAAAUGGCUGUAGGAAAGGGGUCAUCAGGCAGUCAUUUCCCAAUGUUAUAGUAAUAGGUGGCAUUUGAGUGUAGGAGAUGUAUAUUUGUGCAGUAAACUUGUUUGCAGCUUAAAUAAAAUGGUUUGAGGAAUUAAAAACAAGAUCAAGUGAGUGAUGAAGAUAACAACCUAGUUGGAAAAUGAAACCAAUACUGCCAUUUAUAUCAUAACCUUUGAAAUAGAAAUGCCCUAUACAUUCCAGAUCAACCAAGUAACAACCAUUAAAACUCCAUGAAAGGAAAUAAAGUCUUAAUAGCAAAUAUAGAGAUAGAUUUACUGAUGAAAAAUUAAAAAUAAGAGCAUUCUUUUUUAAUGUCUAACUUAAAUAUGACAGUAAAAGGAGUCAUUAUAAGUCACAAUUGAGUUUUGAACAGUACAUUUAGGAAUAACAGUCCACACAUUUAUUCUAGAAACAGGUCAGGUCACUUAACGCAUACAAAAGUCAUACUCAAUACAGAGGAAGUAAUGUAUGUGUAUGAGAAAGUCUAAAAACUUUUUAUGAUGCCAAAUUUCUUUUUAAACAUUACUAAUAGUUAUCCAUUGCCGAGGGGUCGAGGAACAUCUUCCCAAACCUCCCGACCAAUAGUCAGUUCUUAAUUUAUAAGCAUCAGGUACUAUCUAAUCUAAAAACCUUGUACCCAUGUGCAGCUUUAACUCAUUGUUGUAUCAGUGCUUUUUGUUCUUCAUUGUGCACAAUGUGCACUUUGUGACACUACAAAAAGGCAGCUUGGUAUAAGACACCAUUUACUGUAUCGUUAUAGAUUCUGUUGGUCUUCCACAAACCACUGUGCUCAGACACUGCAUAUUUCAUCUCUUAACUGUCCAUUUACAAUUUUUAAAAGACAUAUUUUUCACUUCACUCAAAAGGAAAUAUAACUGUUCCUUUAUCUUUCUGUUAUGCAUGACAUGUACUUUUCAAUAACAUUAUUCUCACUUAAUAUUUUUCUCAUUAGUUUAAAAAGAUUUACAAAGAUCAAAAUGUGGCAGCUUUCAACAGUGUACAUUUUGACAUAAUCAAAAAUUGAUUCCUACAUUUAUGCAACUUUGUUAUUCUUGUUAUCAUACAUACUACUGCUUGUCCUGUAAUCUUGUGGUUUGCUUUGCACUGUAAGCAUAUCCGCUUGGUGAAGCACCUUUUGAUUACAUGAGGUAAAAAAUGAUUUGGUCUUGAUUUUAAUUUUAAAAUACCCAAAUGUGUCACAUUUUUCAUUUCACUUACUGACAUGGUAAGCAGUAAAAAAUAUAAAAUGUUACAACCAAAUUUAUAGACCAUAGUUUUUCAAUGAUGUGGUGCAUUAAGUAAACUUACUUUGAAACUUAAUCCAAAUGUUCAACAAUUGUACCCUUUUACAUCCUUCAAAGUCUCUCACUUAUAGUGAAAUAAUUUUAAAAAUUAUUUUAGCUAAACAGGCCCAAAAUAUAAAACAAUACCACCAUUAUCUAUUUCACUGUCCUUUUCUUGCACUCCCAGUGAAAUACACAGUCAUUUAAAAUGUGAGAUGUGUUAAUCUAUUCCACUUCUGAACCUGUUUCUUCUUGGUGAAAGUCAUUAUGUCCCAACUGCACCAGAAUCACGCUGGAUUCUGCUCCAUCCCAGCACACUCGUGCCAGGCAUAUUGCAAUCCACCAAUUAGUCUGCAUACAGUGACAGGCAACUGGAUAUGUAGCAUGUGAAAAAAUUCAGGUUGAGAGACAACGUGAUAGCCUACUGAACUAAAAGAAUUAAUAAAAUGUAUUGUAGGCAUCAUUCAAAGCGAGCAAUACUCCAUUGAACUGUUUGCAGUAUGUAUAGUGUAAUAUUCAAUGGAAAUAUUCUGCAGGAUUUGAACAGCAUGAAAAAUUGUCUAUCAUGGUAGUGCACAUUAAUGAAAACUGUCAAGACUCAAACCCAGUCGUGAGAAGAACAGCAACACUGAGGUGUCUUAAGAAUCUUGGAGAUAAAAACAUGCUUUCCAAAAAAUAUACUAAGUUGUUACAUGACUAGAUUGUCUAGUGGGGGCCAGAUUUCACAAGGAAGUGAACACCAUUUUAAUAGAUCACAGAAUUAUUUUAGUUAUGUUCACUCUUCAAGUUCAUAGAAACCAAAUGCAGACAUGACUUGUGUUACAGUUUGCAUGGUCUUUCUGUAAAGUAUCCCUCAUGUAGGUUAGAACAUUAGAACAAUCUAGACGAGGUCAUUCAGCCUAACAAAAGAUGCCACUUAAUUCUUCUAAAAUAACAGCAAGUCGAGUUUUGAAAGUCCCUAAAGUCCUACUAUCCACUGCACUACUUGGUAGUUAUGUUGGGUUCUCUGUAUAAAGAGUGUGGCUGUUCUCCUGCUUGCACUGCAAUGGACUGCAUUCCCAUUUAUGGUGGGUUCUGUUCACUGUCAGGAUUGACUCCAGCUUCCUGCUAUCAAAUACAUAUGUGGAAAAAAUAUUUUAUAAGCAUUACCAAACAUGAAUUUAGUAUUUGAGACAUUUAGGAAAAGCUCAGCACAUUGAAAAUGUAUCUUUCCUUGGCAUUAGCAAAUGAGAAGGUAACAAGCUGUUUCUUUUUAUCAGUGGAAUAAAUUAAAGCCAGUAAAAUAAAUAAUUAAACAGCAUUGGUUUUCUUCUUUAAGAUUGCAUUCCCACCAUAAUUUAAAUUGUACUCGUAAUGCACAGAUUUGUUGUUGAAGCAAUUAGGCCCAGAAAAUUAUUGAAAAUCAAUAGUAAAGCGUUUUCAAAAAAUUGGACAUUUAAAUAAAAUGCUAUCCACUAUCUUGCUGGACUUUGGCCAUUUUAUUCUUCGAGCAGGGUAACAUCGUUUUGCAAAAAUAUAUUGCACCCUUUUUUAUUGUGAAGCUUAGUGAGGACCCUUGACCUACUCCGAAAGGGAAAUACAGCCCAUUGCAUUGUAAUACUUUGAUUGCAACCUGUCCACCAGGGAUGGAGUUUAAGUUUCCAGUUCAAACCCAACAAGUAUUGCCUUUUUUUUUUUUUAAACAAAACAAUUUCCUAAAUUUCAGAUCCGUCCAUUUCCUAUAUCCUUUUAAGUCUGGGUUCCCGCUAUAUAUAAUAAAUAAACUGAAGAUAUGCAAAGCAUAUUUUUUUAAUAAGAAAAGUAACGAUUCAUUUGGAAAUAAAAUGAAAAUAGUCAUUAACUUCAAGUAAGAAUUUGAAGAACUGUAAGUCAAUGCAGUGUGCUCACUUAAUUGAUUGCAUUUUUGUACGUUUUGCUAGCUUCUUAGUGUUUUCUUCCUUUUGUUCAUGUAUAAUGGAUCCUUUUUAUAUAGUCUUUCUGUUGUUACUGCUGGGUCUGACUGCUUUCUGCAUGACGAUGGGGGAUUUUGCCACAACUUAUCCAACAACUGCUUGACAGCUAUAAGAAAACGUUCAAUCAGAGGAUUAUUUGCUUAAGUCAAGGGAUCAUCUGAUAUUUGGAAUAACAUGCAUAAGAUAAUUUUAAAUCAGUACCUGAAAAGAUUUGAAGCAGAUACAGUACAUGUG